AUGUCAGUCACUCACCAAGAUACGACGUCUGUUGAAGAGAAAGCUGCUGGGGCUUUCCAGACCGCGACGUUCCUUGUCGAGCCGUUACAUGGGGAGAGGAGACUCGUGAGGAGGUUGGACGCCCGGAUCAUGCCGAUCGUCUGCCUGCUUUACCUGUUCGCCUAUCUGGACAGAACAAACCUAGGGAAUGCACGCUUGCAGGGACUCCCCGGGGACGCUCUAAAUGGAGACCCUACGGGUGUUCUGUUUGAAUGGGUCAACUCCGUGUUUUUCUUCUCCUACAUUAUUUUCCAAAUUCCGGCAACAAUUACCUCGAAGCUUUUCCCUCCACGCAUAUGGCUAGGUUGCUCUGCGCUUGGAUGGGGGCUUUGUUCAACUCUGUCGGCCUGCGGUUUCAACUUCGCCGGUUUAACAGUUGCAAGGAUCGGACUCGCAUUCUAUUACACCAAGCAAGAGAUCGGGAUGCGAUUAGCAUACCUGUUUGGCUUCGGUGCUGUCGCAGGAGCCUGUGGAGGGCUCAUCGCGUUUGGCGUCCAGAAUGCACACACGGCACUGGCGAAUUGGAGGCUGUUAUUUAUCAUUGAGGGUUUGCCGACGAUCUUCCUUGGUGUUCUGUGCUUGUUCCUCCUGCCCGACCGUCCCGAGGAGACAACAUUCUUGAACGAACGAGAACGCGAGUUAGCUAUGGAGCGAGUUAAUAGAGGAAUCAAGGCAGACAUAGGGAGGACAAUUAAGAAAAAACACAUUGCGGCGGCUUUUCUGGAUUGGAAGAUUUACGCUGCAGGUGUGAUCUACUUUGGUGCAAACUGUGCACUGGCAUCAAUAUCUGCUUUCCUCCCAACCAUCAUCACGACCUUCGGAUACUCGAAUGCGCUCGCACAGUUGCUCACGGUCCCUCCAUACGCUGUUGCUGCCAUUAUUCUUUGCAGUACUUCAUAUUGCUCAGAUAGGUUGCAAAUUCGUGGCUUUUCCGUCGUCGCUGCGAGUAUGCUAGGCGUUCUGGGCUAUGUUCUGUUACUCGCUGUUCCUUAUAACGACCAUGUCCGGUAUUUUGCAACAUUCUGCAUCACAAGUGGAACAUACACGAUUAUUGGCGUUGUCAUUGCUUGGUUCACACAUAAUCUUGGGUCGGAGACUAAAAAGGCUACGGGCAUCCCGAUGUACAUUGCCAUUGGACAGUGCGGAAGCGUACUGGGCUCCCAUUUAUUCCCAACUACAGACGGUCCUCGAUUCAUCACUGGAUUUGCAGUUUCAUGUGCCCUGGAGUUCGUUUCCGCGGUAACAGCUAUUAUUCUCACCAUGUAUUAUCGCAUGGAGAACAAGCGAAGAGACGGUAAGUUUGGGAAGCCCAUUAGGGAUGCAAUGGUAGAUACGUCAGAACUGGCUGAUAUGGCCCCCGAUUUUCGUUACGUCCCGUGA